AUGACUUCACACGAAACACGCUCAUCACACACAACAAGGAAUAAAGGUUCUGCUUCUGACCAAAACGACCUCAAGAAACUCAAGUCUAAAUAUUCUGCAAAGCUACCCACCCUCAAAGUUCUAUUCUCUGACUGGUCAGACGACGACCUCUUAUUUGUAUUGGAAGAAGCAAACGGUGACCUGGAUUUAACCAUAGACAGAAUUAGUGAAGGACACGCUAAUCAAUGGGGCGAAGUAAAGACUAAAAAGUCAAAGAAAGAAGCACAAAAAGCAAAGGCUGCAACCACAGGUGUCUCUCCACACCAACAACAAAGUACCAUCACUCCAUACCGUGAUAGCAAAACCACACAACAGAGAACAUAUAACGACAGAGCUCCUCGACCCGGAAAAGCAGCACCAUCUAAUACACGUACACGUACACCAAAGACAAAUCAUGUCCAGCCCGUAUCCUGGGACAAUCAACCCAAGUCAACCCAUCAUGAAGUAACCUCUGGCUCUUGGGCAUCCAUCGCAUCCUCAAAGCAACAACAAGACGACACGAACGAUGAUGGUUGGAACAACUCCAACGGCAAUAAUAAUGACUCCUCUGCCGCCGCUGCCGCCGCUGCCGCUGCCACUGAUGAUUGGGCCCCUGCCCCAACUACUUCCUCUAAUGAUGAUAAUGCUAAUGAUGAUCAACCAAAGACUUGGGCAAGUCUUCUCAAGUCAAAGCCUAAAGUCGAAGAACCUGUGCCUACAUCCAACGAAAACAACAAUACCUCCAAUACUACCUCCAACGAAUGGGAAGCUCCCGCAUCGACGUCAGAUGCUUGGAAUGCUCCUACAACAUCAUCUACAAGCGGCUGGGAUGCCCCUAAUGAACCUUCCGUUGAUGAAUGGUCUACCCCUGUUCACGAAUCUACUCCUGUUGCCGACUCUACUGUCCCUGCUACUACUACUACUACUACCACCACCACCACAUCUACCAACGUUGAGGAGCAAGAAGAACCAUCCGAUCACAAGGAACAAGUUGAAGCCGAAAGCCCAGAGAAGCAAGAUGACAGUGCUGCUGUCAAUGCUCCUGCUACCACUACUGAAUCAAAUACCAUAAGCGGACGUCUUCUCAACCAAGAAGAGCCCGUUGUGUUACCAACCAGCUCAUCUGCUGCCAUUUCAUCUUUGGAUGUCAAGUUUGGUUCAUUGAAUGUCGAUGAUGAGCCUGCUGUCGAAGAAACUGUCAAGGAAACCACUGUUGCCACCGCUGCUGUCGAAGAGCCCGUUGCACAGACCAAUUCCGUUCCCGAAACUACUGCCACUACCACUUCAUCCGCUCCCACAGCCUCUGCUGCUACUCCCACAACCACGAAUGCUGCUCCUGCCACCAUCAACAAUGACACCUUUGGUCAAGCUUCUUACCUCAAGCAACAACAAGAACCCGCUUACCAACAACCUGCCACUGCUGCUGUGCCUCAGCAACAGCAACAAGCUCAACAGCAACAAGCUGCCCAACAAGCCCCUCAACAGCAGCAACAAUCUCAAAUUCCUCAACAACAACAACAGCAACAACCUCAAAUCCCUCAACAACACCAAGUGCCUCAACAGCAACAACAGCAGCAAUUUGGCAUGGAUCAUCUCACUUCUGCUUACAGCUCGUACUUGCCUAACCAACCUCCUACCGGUGUCUCUGGUUUCGGUAUGAACCCUAUGGGUAGUUUGCCUGAUUAUGGAAUUUACGGUACUGAAGCACAAAGAGCUGCUGCCAUGGGUUACUACGAUCCUACCGCUUUCAGUCACUCACCUUCUGUCACUUCUGCCAGUGCUUACCAAAGUCGCGACAAGUACAGCCAAGAUGCUGGUCUCCACGGCCAAUCUGCUCAAAACCAAAGUAUGCCUCAGCAACAAAUGUAUCCUACCAACCUCCCUUACUAUCAAUAUUACUACAUGCCCAACCAAUUCAAUGCCUACCAACAAUCUGCCUAUGGUCAGCCUUUCAUGAACAAGAGUAUGUACCCCAACAUGUACCAACAGCAACAGCAACAACCUGGUAAGCCAUCUGCUACCUCUGCUGCUACCGGUGCUAGUGCAUCUCCCUAUGGAAGUGCUGCCUCUCCUUAUGGCCAGCAAUCUCAGCUCUACAACCAUCAAUACGAUGAUUUACAGCAAUUGGGUAUGGGUCUGAAUGAUUAUCAAAAGAGCAUGUACGGCAACACUGCUCAACCUCAAUUGCAAGGAUUCUUGGGUGGUUUGAACGGCCAACAACAACAACCUCAACAGCAAUCAUCCCAAGGCCAAAACCAAAAGAGCGAGAUUAGAAGCACUGCCAACGCUACUGCUACUACUCCUCAACAACAACAACAAGCACCUCAACAAGUGCCUCAAACACAACAGCCUCAGCAACCUCAGCAACAGCCCUACGCUGCUGGUGCCAACUACUUUGGUCAACCUCAAAUGUUCUCCUAUGGCCAAUAUCCUCAACAACACCACCAAUUCCAACAACAAAUGCCUCCUCAACAACAAUCUCAACAACCUACUCGUCAACAACAAUAUUGGAAUCAAUAA